AAUCAGAAGCCACCCUUCGGGGAGCCAACCUGUCAGCAAAAUACCUACACAGCAACCCGACCAUAAAUCAAACAUUCACUCCACGGGCCAUGUCUGUAUUGGGCAGGAUUUAGAAGAGAACAGUUGGUUCCAUCCGCCAGAGCGGGGAAGGUGCUUGAAGAUUUGGAAACCUGGGAGAACAUGUCGAAUGAAGUAGAUUUCAGGUCUGUCCGGGUAAUCAAGAACGACACAGUCAACUUUCAGAAGUUCUCCUACACCAAUGAGGACGAGGCCUGGAAGACCUAUCUGGAAAACCCUCUGACUGCCGCCACCAAAGCCAUGAUGAGGGUCAAUGGGGACGAAGACAGUGUCGCGGCACUGAGCUUUCUCUACGAUUACUACAUGGGCCCAAAAGAAAAAAGGAUCCUCUCUUCAAGCACAGUUACACGAAGUGACCUAGGAAAGAGGUACCACCAUGGAAUGGAAUAUGAAGUAGACUUUCCCCCUCUGGAGAGCCCCACCCAUCUCAUGAAGUUCUUGACCGAAAACAUCUCGGGGACACAAGAGUACCCAGACCUAACCAAGAAGAACAAUCUGAUGAACUUGGAGGCAACUGGACCAGCCUCAACCAAACCAGCUCUCCUCCCUCCUGGCCCCAGCAAGCUGGAGGACAGCUCCGGAGAUGGAAGCUACCUGCUUCCUACUGGAGACAUAUAUGACAGCAGUCUCAGUAACCUGUUUGAAACUAUCCACGGGCCCCCUCCCCAGCAGCGCUGGCAGCCUGACAGCACUUUCAAAGAUGAUGGACAGGAGUCAUUGCUCUUCCCUGAUAUAUUGAAAAGUCCCUCGGAGCCCCAGUGUCCAGAGGAGUACCCCAGCGCCAAGAGUGACUUUGAAUAUACCUUGGGUUCCCCCAAAGCCAUCCACAUCAAGUCUGGGGAGUCACCUAUGGCCUAUCUCAACAAGGGACAGUUCUACCCAGUUACUCUGAGGACUCCGGGAGGAGGCAGAUGCCUACACUUGUCUUCCAACAAGGUGAAGAGUAUGAUCAUGGUGGUGUUUGAUAAUGAGAAGAUCCCCAUGGAACAGCUGAGGUUCUGGAAGCAUUGGCACUCGCGCCAGCCCACAGCAAAGCAACGGGUCAUUGAUGUGGCGGAUUGCAAAGAAAACUUCAAUACUGUCCAGCAUAUUGAGGAAGUGGCUUAUAAUGCCCUGUCUUUCGUGUGGAAUGUGAAUGAAGAAGCCAAGGUGUUCAUUGGAGUCAACUGCUUGAGCACAGACUUUUCUACCCAGAAGGGGGUAAAAGGCGUUCCACUAAAUCUCCAGAUAGACACCUAUGACUGUGGUACAGGGACAGACCGACUGGUGCACCGAGCUGUCUGCCAGAUCAAGAUAUUCUGUGAUAAGGGCGCAGAGAGGAAAAUGCGAGAUGAUGAACGCAAACAAUUUCGGAGGAAAGCCAAGUGCCCAGACUCCAGCAACAAUGGGCUCAAGGGCUGCCUACUCUCCAGUUUCCGAGGCAAUGAGACCACCUACCUCCGACCAGAGUCUGACCUAGAGAGCCAGCCUGUUCUCUUCAUCCCCAACAUCCACUUCUCCAAUUUGCAAAGGAAUGGCGUGACUGGUUCUCCUACCAUCCACAACAACACAAGCAGGCUGCCUUUUAAACGAACCUGUUCCCCCUUCUCUGAUGACUUUGACCUUCUGCCUCCCAAACAAGCCAAGGAAGAUGAUCUCCAGAGAGUCUUGUUAUAUGUCCGGAGGGAGACAGAGGAGGUGUUUGAUGCUCUCAUGCUGAAGACCCCAGACCUCAAAGGGUUAAGGAAUGCGAUCUCGGAGAAGUAUGGUUUUCCUGAAGAAAGUAUUUACAAAGUCUAUAAAAAAUGCAAGCGAGGGAUCUUGGUGAACAUGGACAACAACAUCAUCCAGCACUACAGUAACCACGUGGCCUUCCUGCUCGACAUGGGAGAACUAGAUGGCAAAAUUCAGAUCAUCCUCAAGGAGCUAUAGGGCCCCAGCGUUGCCCUGCUCUUGGACCUAUGGGCCUACAUUUGACUCGCAGAGCCAGAACGUAGCCCUAAAAGCCCGACACAACCUUUUUCUAUGCCUCAGUGUUCUCCCUUACUUGAAUGCACUCACCUGGGAGAGAAGAUGCUCAGUCUUCAGAAGCAGCCUUUGCAGCUCCCAAGAGAAGCCUUCGCCCCUUUGGGGAGCCACUCUGUCUGAUUCCAGAGACAGCUGCCAUCCCAGCCUUCAGACUAUUCCCCACUCCAUUCUUGAGAACAGAUCCUUCUUGCUCCUUGCACUGGGGGCUGCCUUGUUGUGCUCAACGGUCAGACAUUUUGAUUGGGAUAUUGGUGGUCUUGCCUUCCAAGGCUGCUCUUCUGGCAUCUCUCAUUUCCAGACAGAAGAAACAGAGAGGCAGAUGGGGAAAUUUCAUUCAUGCAAGAAAAAGACAAUCGAAGCCAGACUAGUCACAUGAGGCCAUACACUCCCCACUCACUUCCCCAGCCAAAGUAUAACUCGUUUUGCUCUUAAAAGAGGCUAUAAUGGAAUCCCCGAGUUAUUAUUUGCUAUUGUGUCAUUCUCUGACGUCUUGGUCACUAAUUAUCUGGUCAUCUUGCUACUUUGCUACUUUCUAAUGCCCCAUUCCAAACUGAGGCCAUGCUGCUGUUUGAUAUUGUUGCAAUUCAUCUCUCUUACAAUCUGACACCUUGUUAUUGUCAUUGUUCAGGUCUGUUACUAGAGAGGUAAUGUGAGGUUAUGUUACUACCAGACACCAAGUUCAGUCGUGCAUUUGUGUAUUUUAUAGGCUCGCAUUCCACUGCAUGAUGUUAUCCAGUCAUUACUAGAGACAGCUUUACAAUCCAUUUGAGGUCAUACUCCUUCCUUGGUACCAUGUUGCUAUAUAGCAUGAUAUUACUACUGGAUGUCGCGUUACUGUUGUUUGAUAAGUUGCUAUUCCAUAAGAUACUAGUUGAUGCUGCAUUGUUUGAAACUAUGCUACUGCUCAUAGUAACAUCCAAUGUCAUUUCUUGCUACUGUGUCACUCUGGUGAUCAUUAAUUAUCUGGUUAAUGAUGAUGAUCAUUAAUUAUCUGGUUAAUGAUGAUGAUCAUUAAUUAUCUGGUUAAUGAUGAUGAUCAUUAAUUAUCUGGUUAAUGAUGCUACUUUGCUGUUUUAUCACACCUGAUAUCCCAUUUUUAAUUGAAGCCAUGCUGCUGUUUGAUAUUGUUGCAAUUCAUCACUGUUAGAAUCUGACACCUUGUUGCUGUUGUCAUUGUUCAGGUCUGUUACUAGAAAGGUAAUUCGAGGUUAUGUUACUACCAGACACUAAGUUCAGUCAUGCAUCUGUGUACUUUAUAGGUUCUCAUUCCACUGCAUGAUGUUAUCUAGUCAUUACUAGAGCCAGCUUUGCAAUCCGUUUGAGGUCAUACUCCUUCCUUGGUACCACGUUACUAUAUAGGAUGAUAUCAGUACCGGAAGUCAAGUUGCCAUUGUUUCAUAAGUUGCUAUUUGAUUCUAGUUUACCAGUUGAUGCUGCAUUGUUUGAAACUAUGCCAUUGCUCAUAGUAACAUACAAUGUCAUUUCUUGCUACUGUGUCACUCUGAUGCCAGGAUCAUUAAUUAUCUGGCUAAUCUUGUUACUUUGCUGUUUUGUUACUCCAUGAUACCACAUUUUUAACUGAGAACAUGCUGCUGUUUGAUAUUGUUGCAAUUCAUCAUUGCUACAAUAUGAUACCUUGUUGCUAAUGUUACUGUUUGGGUUAUUACUAGAGAUAUAAUUUGAGUCUGUGUUACAGUCACCAAGUUUAAUUAUGAUGCAUUUGUCUUCUUAGUAGGUUCUCACUCCAUUGUGUCUUGUUUACCCGGUUACCACUGGAGAUAUCAUUACAACUUAUUCCUUCUGUUUGAGAUCAUAUUUUUUCCUCGAGACAUUGAUACAAUGGUGUUACCGGUGAAUAUCAAGUUAGUGUUGCUUGAUAACUUUUGAUUGUUGUUUUGAUGAGGCUACCAGUUGAUCUAUACUGAUAAUAUUUGAUGCAAGGGUACUACUAGUUGAUACCACAUUGUUUGAAACUAUGUUACUGGUCACGUAACAUAAAACGUCAUUUACUGCCAUAUUUUAUUGGAUACUGUUGUUGUCUACCGAUGUUUUGUUAAUAUGUGAUACAUUUCCUGAGUAUACUUUUGUCUGUGUUUUAUAUAUAUAUAAAAUAUAAAUAUGUAUUGUAUAUAUAUAUAUA